GAAGCUCGUCCUUAACAUACGAAAACAAAUACAAGCAGCUACGCUCCGCCUUCAUACCACAACGUGAAAACACAAAGACGACGUAAUGGAGGCCUGUGUUGCUGUUGAGAAAGAAAUUGAUAAAAUUCUAAGUAAAUUUGCUAGUAUACGUGAGAAUGGUUCAAAAAACAUUGAAGAGACGAUUGAUUUUCUUUUGUCUAUCAAACCGGAGUUGGAACAAGCUCAAACAGAUUCAGAAUUUAAUGAGCGCCAAUUGUUCAUAAUCCACCUUGCAGUAGCAAAAGUUAAGGAAACAGUUUCUCGAUUGGCCAGUGAGCACCGAGACCUCCAUAGCUCUGUUUCGAAAGUUGGGAAAACAAUUGACAGAAAUUUCACCCAAGACUAUGCUUCUACAAGUUUUGAUAGAGUUUUUUCAGGAGUUGAAAAGGAAAAAUUACUUAAUCAAGUCAUUUGCCAACACAUGUAUAGACAUGGAUUCUUGGAAAUAGGUGAAGAAUUGGCAAGGGAAUCUGGGUUAGAGAUCCAUGAGAACAGCAAGCAGCCAUUUAUGCUGCUUAAUGAAAUUCUAGAGAAGUUGAGACAGAAAAAUCUCGUUGCGGCGUUGGAAUGGGCACAAACUCACAGAGAACAACUUAUGGAACAGAAUAGUAGCCUUGAAUUUAAGCUUCACCGACUCCAAUUUCUUCAACUGGUAUCUGAAGGGCCAGAGAAGCAAGCGGAAGCACUUGGUUAUGUACGUAGACAUUUUCCGCCUUUCGUGCAUCAACAUGAGACCGAUAUCCAAAACCUUAUGGGAGUUCUAGCCUUCAUCCCGUAUGGUGUUCACAACUCACCGUAUAAAAAACUAUUUGACCCGAUUCUUUGGACAGAAAUAUGUGAGGUGUUCGUGAAAGACGCUUGCGCGCUUCUCGGAUUCAGUGUCGAAAGCCCGUUGUCGGUUUGUGUUAACGUGGGAUCCAUAUCCCUUCCAGCAUUAUUGAAUAUAAAACAAGUUAUGGCCCAAAGGCAGGUCGCAGGAAUGUGGAAUGCCAAAGAUGAACUUCCCAUCGAAAUUGAUGCGGGCAGAGAAUAUCGCUAUCAUUCUAUAUUUGCCUGCCCUAUCCUCAGACAACAGGGAUCUGAUUCUAACCCACCGAUGCGGCUGCUAUGUGGACACGUAAUCUCGCGCGAUGCCUUGAACAAACUAAGUUCCGGAAACAACGUUCUUAGAGCAAUCCGCACCGGCCAGUCUGUUGCUAGAUUAAAAUGUCCUUAUUGUCCACGAGAAUUCGAUAGUAGUGAAGCUCGACAACUUCAUUUCUAAUAGCCUAUAUUUCGGUAACUUGUUGUCGCAACAGCCGAGAAUAAUCUGAGAAAAUGUCUCCAUACCCGUCUUUGAAGAAAGUAAGAAGACAAACUUUGGCUCGGGUCUAAUUAUUAGAUUUUCUUAGGUUUAUCGAUUGAAAAUCUCCAUGACCGUUCAUAUUUGUUUAAUGUGUAACUAUUCUGUGAAUCAUUUACAUAAUUUCUAAAUUCACAUUAUUAAAUAUUA